AUGCGAACCACCGAAACACCAAUUUGCAACAUCGCCAAAAGUAGUGCAAUGACCAAGAUCCUACAGGUAUGCAAAUUGAUUGUUUGGGAUGAAUGCACAAUGGCCCAUAAGAGGUCACUGGAGGCACUGGAGAGGACGUUGAAAGAUCUUCGUGACAACCAAACUCUUUUUGGUGGGGCCAUGAUUCUGUUGUCAGGUGAUUUUCGUCAGACUCUUCCAGUUAUUCCCCGAUCAACUGUUGCUGAUGAACUAAAUGCAUGCCUACAAUCAUCGAAUUUGUGGCAGUAUGUAAAGACACUCCAAUUAACAACUAACGUGCGAGUAUUUUUGCAACAAGAUGAAACUGCGAAUGUGUUUGCGAAGCAGUUGUUAGGCAUUGGAAAUAAUAAAAUUUCUGUCACAUCACACAACCCAAAAGAGGAGCUUAUGGGUCGUGUUUUCCCAGAUAUAGCGCAAAACUUCAAUAACCAUAAUUGGCUGGGUGAACGAGCAAUAUUGGCGGCGAAAAAUAAAGAUGUCGAGGAUCUCAAUGCGACCAUUCAGAAUUUUCUUCCAGGACAAUUGGUUUCCUUCAAAUCAGUCGACACCGUUAUGAACCAGGAUGACGUAGUCAACUAUCCCACGGAGUUUUUAAAUUCACUGGAAUUAUCUGGAUUACCACCUCACAAUUUGCAGUUAAAAAUAGGGUCAGUUGUCAUGAUGCUGCGUAACAUUAAUCAACCUCGACUGUGCAAUGGAACAAGACUGGUUGUGAAAAAGCUGAUGAAUAACGUCAUUGAGGCAACAAUCAUAAAAGGAAAAUACAAAGGAGAGGAUCCCGCGGAUACCGAUGAUUCCAACGGAUUUACCAUUCGAUUUUAA